AUGCCGGCCUUUCAGCCCCUGAGGGCGCAGCUGCACGGCCCAUCAUGGCAGCACCGCGGCAUGCCGCCCGCCCUCCCCCUGUCGGCCAGCCGGCGCGGCCUGCUGCUGUCGGCGCCGCUGUUGGCCCUGCCGCACAUGCCUGCCAAGGUGCAGGCCGCCCAGGCUGCUGUGGCCACCCCCGUCCUGGACCAGCCCAUGAGGCGACUGCGCCUGCCUGCGGGCACCAUGGGCCGCGACUAUGUGCUGCUGCAGCUGAAGCUGGGCGGGAGGGGGCCCUUUGAUUUUGUGGUCGACACAGGGCUGACGGCAGAGCUGAUCACGCCGCACCUGCGGGAGGUGCUGGGCAUCCCGCCGCCCACCCGAGUGCUGCAGCAGAACGUGGGCGCGGGGGGCUCGGUGCAGCUGCCGCUGGUGACGCUGACAGAUGCGCACCUGGUGGGCGCCGAGGACCUGGCGCUGCCCGCUUUGAACGCUGUGGUCACUGACUUUGUGCAGGAGCACCUCGACCCGCAGCACCCGGUGGAGGGCAUGCUGGGCAUGGAGCUGCUGGAGCUGUGGGAUGUGGAUUUCGACUUCCCGGCGCAGCGCCUGCGCCUGUUCCGCCCCGGCGAGGGCGCGGCGGCGGCAGCGGCGGCGGGCCUGGUGGAGGUGCCCGCCGCUGUGCUGAACGAAACCGGCAUCCUGGGCAUCCGCGCCACCUCGCCCGCCUCCAAGGCGGGCCAGCCCUUCAUCGGCAUCAUCGACUGCGGGGCCUCCUUCUCCGCCAUCAACUGGAAAGCGGCGGCGCUGGCGGGGCUGCCCCCCAAGGGCGAUGCUGUGUACAAGUCGGCGGGCGCCAAGGCCCAGCCGGGCGCCGCCCCCGGUGCCACGGGUGGCAGCCUGGGCGGGGUGGCCAUCAUCGGGAUGGAUGGCCGGCCCCAGGUGGCCCCCACCACGCCAGUGCAGUUCACCUUUGCCGGCGCGGCGGCCAGGGAGGACGGCAAGUUCCGCUUCGAGGCGCCGCCACCCGGCUGGCAGCCCUGGCAGCCCGUGGUGGCCGCCGUGGGCGACCUGCCGGUGUUUGCGCAGCUGCUGGGGGACGGCACCAAGCCGUUCGAUGGCCCCGCGGCGGUGCUGGGGCUGGAUGUGCUGUCGCAGCGCCGCGUGGUGGUGGCCGCCGGAGUGAACAAGCCGGGGCGCGUGCGCCAGCUGUUUGUCAGCCCCAAGUGA